CGUGAUAUGCAAACAUUUUAGAUACAGAUGAAUGUUUAGAACCACAGCUGAAUAACUGUACACAGGAAUGCAUAAAUACAAUCGGAAGUUACUCUUGUGGGUGCAGAAAUGGAUAUACGAAAUACGACGAGUAUUCAUGUAAAGAUAUAGACGAAUGUGAGCUACGGACAUCUUCCUGUGAGCAGAGAUGCAUCAAUAACGAGGGACAUUACAGUUGUUUUUGCCACUUUGGAUACAGUCUUAACGAUGAUCGCCGUACAUGUUCCAAAAUUUCAGAUCCAUGCUUAUCCAUCAAUAAUCUCACCUGUUCACAUUUUUGCCAACUAGUAGACGAAAAUGCUGAAUGCGGCUGCAAAAGCGGCUUCAUGAUUGAAUCCGAUCUUCAGACAUGCACAGAUAUAAACGAAUGUGUCGAAGAUGGCCAAAAUAAAUGCCUCGGGGACGCCACAUGUAUAAAUACAGAGGGUUCUUUCCUUUGUGAAUGUCCAGAUGGAAAACAGCUAGAGAAUGACGGACGUACUUGCUCAGAAUGUGAUAACUAUCACUAUGGAAGAAACUGCCAGUAUACAUGUAGUUGCUUAAAUGGUGUAUGCGACAAGAGAACAGGUUGUGUUUGUGAUCCUGGAUGGGCCGGCACAUUUUGCGACAUUGACAUUGAUGAAUGUUCCACAGAACAAGUUGUGUGUCAGAUGGAAAAUUCCGUUUGUGUAAAUAUACUUGGCAGCGCCAUAUGUUCUUGUGAGAUAGGAUACCAAAAUAACUCUGGAGUUUGUCAAGAUAUUGACGAGUGUGAUGCUGUAAAAGCGCAAUGAAUGUGAUCAGAUCUGUACUAACACUGAAGUGGAGUUACACCUGUUCUUGUCAACAUGGUUUUGUAUUCGAUGGAGAAUGCACAGAUGUAGAUGAAUGCGCUGGACAUCACGACUGCGAUCAGAUUUGUGAAAACACUAUAGGAAGCUAUCGCUGUUCCUGUGAGGACGGGUAUA